CAAGUGGAACUUUGCUGCUGGCUUGGGCUUCCAUGAGCAGUGGGAAUCAUCAUGUCCCAGGUCCUGUUCGCUCAUACUGGAUUUAGGGAUUGAGGAGAAUGCCUAGUCUGCUGUUUUAAAAUAAACCGGAGCAGCAGAGAGUGCUGCUGGGUUAACCGUUGGACACGAAGCAGGGGCUGUAUCACUAUUUUUUCCUCGAAAUGAAGCUGCCCUGUGCUUCACCAGGCAGGUAAACUUUUUAAACAGACAAUAACAUUAACCGUUUGCGGAUGUACGUCAUGCCGUGGAAAAAUGUCGCUUUUAAGCAACGUAAUGCUGCGGUAAUGGCGGUAAGUAAUCAAUAAAUUGGAUGACUGGAUGUCUUGCCGCAGCAGCGAAAGAGUCAAAGAUGCAUUUUUUUUUUGGUCAAGAGGGCGUGUUUUCAUCCAGAUAACGGGACAGGGGGAGAGGCAGAAGUCACCGUCGAUCACUUCUGUACCCGUGCUUAGUCAGUAAAAACUGCUCCAACUCAGCGAUAACGGACAUUUAAGGAUAUUUUUAAACGGUGAAGAUGCGAACAGUGAACUAAGCUAGCGAGAGUGCAGCAGUGCGUCCUGUUCCAACGGUAGGUAGCUGACGUUAGAAAUGUAACAUUAGAGUAGCCGUUAAGUUCCGUUUAACACGCUUUUCAAACUUAGUAUUUUGUCUUUUUUUUUUUUUUUUUUUAGCAAACUACAGCCUGUUAGUGAUUUAGACCCAAGAUAUAUCAUUAUGCAAAGCGACAAAUCGGAGCCGAGUGAACCCAAGGGCACCGAGUGUCCGAGCUCAAGCGACGCCGAGAAGAAGGCACUGAGCGCCGUGGACACGCAAGCUCCCAAACCCAAGGGGAUAAGUGCGGUCGCGGUGCUCUGGACGUUUGGGAAAUGUCUUGGAGCCUUGCUGCCCGUCUACCUGGCCGGUUACUACCGGGUUAGCACCAGCCUGUUGAUGUUCGGAAUGAUGGUCUACACGGGAUGGAAGCAUGCCCGAGAAGCCAAGGAGGCGCGCCUGAAGUCAGCCAUACAGCUGCUCGACAAUGAGCAGGAGUACACAUCCAUGAAAGUGUCCAAAAUCAAGCGAGACCUCCCUGCGUGGGUCAACUUUCCAGAUGUUGAAAAGGUUGAGUGGCUCAAUAAGGUUUUGCAGCAGGUGUGGCCCUUUGUCGGCCAAUACCUGGAGAAGCUGCUGGUGGAGACCAUCGCUCCGUCCAUCCGAGCCUCGAGUACCCACCUCCAGACACUCAGCUUUACAAAAGUGGACAUGGGUGACAAGGCCAUGAAGGUUGUGGGGAUCAAGGCACACACAGAGAAUGACAAGGGACAAGUCUUGCUAGAUCUGUAUAUCAGCUAUGUUGGUAAUGUAGAGAUCAAUGUUGAGGUGAAAAGAUACUUCUGCAAAGCCGGAGUCAAAGGAAUACAGCUACAUGGGAUGAUGAGAGUGAUUCUGGAGCCUCUGAUUGGAGAUGUGCCCAUAGUGGGUGCAGUCACCAUGUUUUUCAUCCGGAGGCCUAAACUAGACAUCAAUUGGACUGGACUGACUAAUUUGUUGGACAUUCCUGGGCUGAAUGUCAUGUCAGACAGUAUGAUUAUGGAUGCCAUCGCCUCCUUCUUGGUUUUGCCCAACCGCCUGGUUGUCCCCCUGGUUCCUGGCCUGCAUAUUGCCCAACUACGUUCUCCUUUGCCCAGGGGUGUGGUACGCAUCCACCUAGUAGAGGCACAGAAUCUAGCAGCGAAGGACACCUCUGUGAAGGGGGUCAUGGCUGGCUUGUCUGACCCCUAUGCCAUUUUGAGGGUGGGCCCUCAGACCUUCACCUCCCAACACAUUGACAACACGGACUCUCCCAAGUGGGGAGAAAUGUAUGAGGUUAUAGUCCAUGAAGUGCCUGGUCAAGAGUUGGAGGUGGAGGUAUAUGACAAAGACCCAGACCAGGAUGAUUUCCUGGGCAGGACCAAAUUGGAUUUGGGCAUUGUGAAGAAAUCCAUAGUUGUUGAUGAUUGGUUCCCUCUGAAGGACACUCCGUCAGGACGGGUUCAUUUCAAACUGGAGUGGUUGGCCUUGUUGCCUAGCGCUGAUCGACUAGAGCAGAGCCUAAAGAGGAAUGAGAGCGUGAUUUGUAAGACUUCUGAUCCACCCUCCUCAGCCAUCUUGGUUGUGUAUCUGGACAAGGCUGAGGCACUUCCUAUGAAGAAGGGAAAUAAAGAGCCCAAUCCCAUGGUGCAGUUGUCUGUACAGGACGUCACUAGAGAGAGCAAGACUUGUUACACAACCAUUAAUCCAGAGUGGGAGGAAGCUUUCACCUUCUUCAUCCAAGAUCCACGCAAGCAGGACAUAGACAUUCAGGUGAAGGAUGCCGACCGUGUCCAGACAUUGGGCAGUCUGACUAUCCCUUUGUCCCGUCUGCUGUCCAAUGCCAAUCUCUCUUUGGACCAGUGGUUCCAGUUGGACAACUCUGGAUCUGCCAGUCGCAUCUAUAUAAACACAGUUCUCAGGGUCCUGUGGUUAGAUGAGGAAGGUAUUCCAUCUGAUGUGUCAUCUAAUCUGGCGGCUGGACUGUCCAAACAGCUUCCCCAACAGACCUCCCCUCAUCCUAGCUUUGCCACAGAGGGACUGCUCAGAAUCCACCUGUUGGCAGGCCAGAACCUUGUUCCAAAAGAUAACCUGAUGGGAGGCAUGGUGAAAGGCAAGAGUGACCCAUAUGUAAAGAUCAACAUCGGGGGUGAAACAUUCACAAGUCAUGUUAUCAAGGGCAAUCUUAACCCCACAUGGAAUGAAAUGUAUGAGGUGAUUCUAACCCAACUGCCAGGCCAGGAACUGCACAUGGAGGUGUUUGAUAAAGACAUGGACAUGAAGGAUGACUUCAUGGGCAGGCUGAAGAUCAGUCUGAAGGACAUCAUUGAUGCUCGGUACACUGAUCAGUGGUACACUCUCAGUGAUGUGAAGUCUGGUCGAGUUCAUCUGGUACUGGAAUGGGUUCCAACUGCCUCAGAGUCAGACAGAUUGGACCAGGUUCUUCAGUUCCAUUCCAGACAGUCCUACCAGAACAAGGCUGUUCCCUCAGCAGGCCUACUGUUUGUGUAUAUCGAACAAGCAGAUGGAUUACCAGUGAAGAAGAGUGGAAAAGAUCCAAAAGUAGGAGCAGAGCUUACUCUUGAAGAAACAUCCCGCAAAACUACAGUAUGUGAACGCACCACAUCACCACAGUGGAAUGAGGCAUUCUGCUACAAGGUUCGAGACCCCAGAGAAGAUAUACUUGUAGUUAAGUUCUCCCACAGCUGGACCCUGCCCAUUGGUUCCCUGGUGGUUCCUCUUAGAGAGCUGCUGUCUGAACCAGAGCUGGUUCUGGACCAGUGGUUCCAUCUGGAUGGAGCCUCACCUGAGAGUCAGGUUCUUCUGAGGGCUGAACUUAAGAUACUGAUUCCUAGCAAAUGUCCUGGUGCCACUGAUGAGGCUAAGGUCAUUUCAGCUUCAGACCCCUCCCCUGCUCGGCCAAAACAGGAGACAGACCCAGUGCUGAGGUCAAGUUCAGUGGAUGCUCCUCCUGUUGAGACCAUUGUCUCAUCAGUGACUUUGGAUGAACAUGUUGAUGUAAAGGAAACGGUAGCUGAUGUGACUGAAGAGACGGUGGAAGAAUCACCAAGCCCUGCCGUAGCACAGCCUCCACGGCCUCCUCACACCUCUCCAGACCUCAGCUUUGCCAGUGAGGGGCUGCUGAGGAUUCACCUGCUGGAGGCCCAGAAUCUGGUUGCCAAGGAUAACCUGAUGGGGGGCAUGGUGAAGGGCAAGAGUGACCCCUAUGUCAAAAUCAACAUAGGCGGUGUUGCAUUUAAGAGUCACGUUAUAAAAGAGAAUCUGAACCCAACAUGGAAUGAAAUGUAUGAGUUGGUUUUGACUGGGAACAGCGUCCAGGAGAUUAAGUUUGAAGCAUUUGACAAGGACAUAGAUUCUGAUGAUUUCCUUGGAAGAUUCAGUGUUAAGCUAAAUGAGAUCAUCAGAUUGCAGUACACAGAUCAGUGGUACACUCUGAAUGAUGUGAAGUCUGGGCAGAUUCACUUGAUACUAGAAUGGGUCCCUACUGUGUCAAAUACAGUCAGACUUGACCAGGUAUUGCAGCUCCAGUCUCUCCAGUCUUAUCAGAACAAAGCUGUCCCCUCUGCUGCUCUGCUCUUUGUCCAUGUGGAGAGAGCACAUUCAUUACCUUUGAAGAAAAGUGGAAAGGAGCCCAAAGCAGGAGCUGAGCUUGUUCUGGGUGAAACAACAUAUAAAACCAAACUUUGUGACCGUGGCACCAGUCCUCAGUGGAAUGAGUCUUUCUACUUCCUAGUCCAUGACCCUAAACAUCAGAUGCUUGUAGUAAAGUUGUCAAGCGGCUGGGACCAACCAAUGGGAUCUCUGGUGGUUACUGUGAAGGAACUCCUUGCAGAGCCACAGCUGGUCCUGGACCAGUGGUUCCAUCUGGAUGGAGCCUCACCUGAGAGUCAGAUCCUACUCAGGGCUGAACUCAAGAUUCUGAAUUCCAAAAUGGUAGAUAUGAUCAGUGCAGAGACUCUGCCCUGUGCGGCUUAUGGGUCUGGAAAUGGGCAGGUGAAGUUGUCUCUGUCGUAUGCCGCACAGCAGAGAAAGCUCAUCGUUGUCGUCCAUGCUUGCAGAGGCCUUUUGUCUCAGAGUAAGGAUGGUGUAGACAGCUAUGUCUCCCUCAUGCUGCUGCCAGACAAAAGCAAGGCCACCAAGAGGAAGACAGCUGUGAAGAAGAGAGACCUCAAACCAGAAUACAAUGAGAAGUUUGAGUAUGAUCUGCCCAUGGAGGAGGCAAAAUUCAGGCGCCUCAGCGUAUCAGUGAAGAAUAAUUCGGCCUCAUUCAGGAGCCGCGAUGUCAUUGGACAGGUGCAAAUCGAGUUGGCUGAAGUUGACCUGAUUUCUGGUGUCACAGAAUGGUGA